AUGGCUCGGCCGUAUAGCAGCAACAAGAGCAGCUUCUCCUACCCUCCGAGGUACUACCCCGACCACUCAACCCCCUUAUUUGACGACCUUCGCGCCCUCAUCGCCCGUGCCUUCCACGCGCUAGCUCGGUUUUGGCGCGAGCGUGGCCGCCGCAUGGCCUACAGGACCCUGCUGUCAUCGGUCUACCGUCUGCGACUGAACCUGGCCUACCAUCGCCUGGUCUCCUUCCCGCACCUGCUCGUCGCUCUGUGGGUGGUGGUGCUGCUGUGGGGGGAGAGAUGGGUGUUCCACUCCAAGGUCGAGAGCUGUCACUGGAGUAACUGGGAGCAAUGGCCUGCUGGCGCAGAACCCCACCGUGUCGCGCUCGUCGCCGACCCCCAGCUCAUCGACCCUCACUCGUACCCGGGCCGCCCGUGGCCGCUGAAUCCGCUGACGAUGCUCAUCACCGACAACUACCUGCGGCGGUCUUACAACCAACUGCAGUCACAGCUCGACCCCGACAGCGUGUUCUUCCUGGGCGAUCUGUUCGAUGGUGGGAGGGAGUGGAAGACGGCUCAUGGGGAGUUUAAGGACCCAGAGUGGGGACCGCACCCGAAGAGCGAGCAGAAGUAUUUGAAAAAGUGGCAUAAGACAUAUGGCGAGUUUUACUGGCUGCAGGAGUACGCCAGGUUUGGGGACAUCUUUUUCGAUCCGUGGGUGAAAUCGGGGCAGGCGAAGGGGGCUGAACACAAGGGGAGGAAGAUGGUAGCGAGUCUGCCCGGCAAUCACGACCUGGGUUUUGGCGACCAGAUCAAGCUACCCGUGAGGGAUAGAUUUGAGACAUACUUUGGAGAGGGCAACAGGAUCGACGUGGUUGGAAAUCAUACGUUCGUGUCAGUCGACACGGUAUCGUUGAGCGCGGGUUCAUCGGACGAGGCCAAGCGUCACGAUUUGAAGGAGAUCUACGAACCGGUUCAACGCUUCCUAGGCGGUCUCGAGAGGGAAAAGAAGAAGGCUGUUAGCAGGGCGUUGCGCCUGCUCCGGGGAGAGAUCACGGAAAGUCAGUUCAAGCACGAUAUCGAGGAGCUCGACAAGGUCAAGUCUGACGACAAGCCGGCCGCCGACAUCAACGCGCCGGAACUGCCGACCAUCCUCCUCACCCACGUACCCCUCCACCGCCCGCCCGGAACACCAUGCGGACCGCUGCGCGAGAGGUCCCCCCCAUCAAAACCGCCCAAGGGCCAAACCACACCCGUCUUCCCCGACCACCGCAACGCCAUCUCUGUUUCGGCGGGCUACCAAUACCAGAACGUCCUCAACGAGAAGGAUUCAGAGGACCUCAUCAAAAAGGUCGGCAACGUCGUCCACGCCUUCUCGGGCGACGACCACGACUACUGCGCCGUCACCCACUCGGACGCGCAGGCCAACGUGCCCGAGAUCACGGUCAAGAGCAUCAGCAUGGCCAUGGGCGUCGGCAAACCGGGCUUCCUCCUCGUCAGCCUCUACAACCCGCUCGACCCAGCCACCGGCAAGCCCCUCAACGAGCACGACAAAACAACAACGACGACGACAACAACAACAACAACACUCCAAACCCACCUCUGCCUCCUCCCGAGCCAGCUAUCCACCUACCUCCGCUACGUGACCCUCGCACUGGUGUGCAUCGCCAUCCUGGCCGUGCGCGCCGUGCUGGUGCCCAUCCUAGGCCUGACACCAUUCGCCCUCGACCAUGCGGCCUCUGUUUCUUCAGGGGCGGGCCGACCGGGCGGGCCGGGCCGCAGCAGCGCCCUCCUGCCCGUCUUCAAGGCCAAGGUCGACGACUACGACGAGCAUGCGCUGCCGCGCGGCUUCUCGGCCUCGCAUUUCCUGAACGGCAACGGCCAUGCCAAGGCGCGCGAUCGCUCCGGCAGCGGGUCGGUUUCUGGGUCUGGGUCUGGGUCUGGCUCUGGCUCUGGGGCGCGCGCCGCGCCGAGAAUAGAGAUCCCUAGUGAGGGCGAGGAGGAGGAUGAGUAUGGGGGUUAUAAUGGGGGGAAGUGGAAGGCGAGGGCCAAGGGCGGGCGAGGGGGGUUGCAGCCGAGGUCGGUGGUGGGGGUGGUGGUCAGGGAGUUUUGGACAUCGGUUUGGAGGGUGGUGUGGAUGGUGGUCGGGUUUUUUGGGUGGUUGGCCUGGAAGGGGUAG